AUGGUGAGGUCACCAAAUCCGCCCAGCAAACAAGCUGCAGAUGACGCAGUCAAUGCCAUUGUGGACGUUACAGGCUCCAAAGACGCUGCCAUAUCCAUCCAGGCCGAUGUAACCAAGGUCUCUGAGAUUGAGAGGCUGUUUCAGGAGGCAGCAGACCACUUUGGAAGGAUCGAUUUCGUCUUCAGCAACAGCGGGGCCGAGUCCUUCGACAAGACCGAAGAGAUCAGCGAGGCGCAAUACGACUAUUUCUUCUCACUUAACACAAAAGCCCAGUUCUUCGUGGCCAAGACUGCCUGGAAGCACCUCCAAGAUGGUGGCCGUGUGGUCCUCAUGAGCUCCCUGGCAGCAGGUGCGCUGGGGAUCAAAGAUCACGCCCUAUACAACUCAUCAAAGUUAGCUGUGGUUGGUAUGGUCAAGGCUUUUGCGACGGAUUUUGGUUCUCGCCGCAUAACUGUGAACGGGAUUGCACCUGGGGGUAUAAUAUCAGAUAUGUUCUACGAGAAUGCCUGGCGUUACAUUCCCGGUGCUACUGCGGAUUGGCCAUUCGAAACUUUUGAGAAUAUGGCCGCGAACAGGACGCCUCUUGGUCGUUGUGGUGUGCCUGAAGAUAUUGCAAGGGUUGUAGCCUUCCUGAUGUCAGAAGACGGCGGAUGGGUAAAUGGGCCAAUUCUCACUAUUACUGGUGGUUAUCCUUAG